AUGAAGAAGCCCUUACACGCCGUACUUUGCGACCAGCACCACAAGGUUCCGCCCGUCGCAACGGCAGACCUCACCGGCAAGACCGUCAUGGUCGUUGGUGCCAACAUCGGCUUGGGCUUCGAAGCUACGAAGCACUUCGCAAGGAUGAACCCCGCACGACUCAUCCUCGCCUGUCGCAGUCAAGCGAAGGGUGAGGCCGCCAUCAAAGAACUCGAGAUGGGCACGGGCUACCAGCACGCCGAGUUGCGCAUUGUCGAUCUCUCGAGCUUUGAUUCGAUUCAGAAGUUCGCGGAUGGUGUCGAGUGCGACGGGAUCGCGCUGGAUAUCUUGGUCUACAAUGCCGCUGUUGCGAUGGACGAGUACCAGCUGACGGGCGAUGGUUGGGAGCAAACCCUCCAAGUCAACGAUCUAUCAGCAUUGUUGCUCACCGUGUUGCUUAUCCCAGCUGCUCAACGCGCCGCCGCUGCGCGUCCCGCCUCGCACCCGCGUCUCGUCAUCGUCGGGAGCGACAUACAUUACUAUGCCGAGAUGCCCGAGAAGGUUCUCCAUGGCCCGAGCGGCGGAGUCCUGCACGAGCUCAACAAGCCCGAGAACUGGCUCAAGGCGCUGGGGCAGCAACCGCGCUACAACCAGUCCAAGCUGAUCAUCCUUCUCCUCGUCCGCGAACUCGCGAAGCACCUCGAGAACACGCCGCUGAUCCCAGUAUGCGCGAACCCCGGCUUCUGCGUCUCCGCCCUCCGGCGCAACCUAUCAUCAGCAGUCCAGGUCGCCUCGCGCCUCGCGGAGAAAGUCAUAGCGCGGAGCACGGAAGAGGGCUCGCGCAUGGUCGUAUGGAGCGCGGUGGGCAACGCCGGGCGCGAAGACGAGCUGCGCGGCGCGUAUGUGAACCUGUGCAAGGUCGACGAGCCGAGCAACUUCGUCGUGUCCGAUGUCGGUCAGGAGGUUCAGAAACGGGUUUGGGCUGAAUGCGUCGAGAUACUCUCCGCCGUGUCUCCCGCUUUCGGAGAGAUCGUGGCUCGGCUUUGA